UGGAUAGUGAUAAGCAUGUGCUUUGCAACCAAAACAAAACAAAACAGACCACGUUCCAUACCCGUACAAGCAAUCUUCAUUAGUGAAUAUUUUUCUUCUGCAAAUAUACAGAAAUGCUACUACAACCAAAUUUAAUCAGUUGGGAGAGUGGCUCUUUGAAUUAUUCCUUUUAUAAUGAUCAAUAAUAUAGAAGCAUCUAAAUUGGAGUAAAUUGUCCCGUCACUAAUGUAUGCUCCAAACAAUUGGUCAUUUAAGUUUGCUAAAAGUGAAUACUUUUGAACUCCGUAAAAUAUUUAACAAAUGCUUACUUUUGACCAGACAACCUCAAAGUACCAGAACUGUUGAAAAGAUAUUUUAACUACUGAACUUGCUCUUACCUAAGUUACUUUUUGAUGCCGCACUUAUGAUGAUUUUUAAAAAUACAUUCUUUUUUAUGAAUUCAACACUUAACAAAUGGGAUGACAUUUUCAAGGAAUGUGCGCGAAGAGAUCAUUUUUGUCAUUUUUCCUCUUCUUCUCUCAUGUGGAAGUUGGACAGUUGAACAUUGAAUUUCUUUGUCUUUUAGCGCAGAUUUGUCCCAUUUGGUCACCGCCGGCGAAUCUAUCUAUCGCCAUCCGAAUAACCGAUAUGUCUGAUUGGUCGGAACUUCAACAUGAUCUACUGGUUCUAAUUGUUAGACGUAUAAAUUUGAUUGAAGACUAUCUUAAUUUCGGAACCGUUUGUAAAUCGUGGCAUUCUGUGAUCACGAAGGAGAAUUUUAACAGUGAUUUGCCUAGGGUACCAUGGCUAAUGUUAGCUGAAGACGAGGAUUAUAAAGCAUGUAGGAAAUUCUUUAGUCUGUAUAAUGGCAUGAUUUUGAAGAAGUGGAUUCCGGGAGCUAGUGGAAAACGAUGUAUGGAAUCUAUGGGAUGGCUUAUCACAGUAGGAAAAGACGAGGGUGAAAUCAGUCUGUUGCAUCCCUUCUCCAAUGUUGAAAUCCAAUUGCCGCAUCAAACUACAACGGAUCAUUAUGAAUUCAACCAGACUCCUGUUCCGUGGACGUUUGUUCAGAAAGCAGUUCUGUCAGCUAAUCCUUCUUGUACGUCUGAUUAUGUUCUCAUGGUCAUUGAGGGACAUUAUCAGUUCCUUAGUUUUUGGAGACCAGGAGAUUUGUUAUGGACUAGGAUAAACAAACCGGUUUAUUUCCCAGAUACUAGUGAUGUGGUAUAUUUCAAUGGUCGCUUUUAUGCGGUUAGUUAUGAUGGAUGUGUCCAUGUUUGUGAUAUUGAUGGCUCCGAACACACUAAAAGUCUUAUAGUAGCACAACUAGCACCAUGGAUUGAUGGUAAGUAUUACAUCCUGGAAUCACUAGGAUCGUUGUUUGCAGUUUCACAAAAUGGUGUUGACAUAAGGUACGUCAAAGAUGAUCGCGAAAGGAUUCCAUUGACGCACAUUCCUGGUGAAGAUGAUGCUGAUGAGGAGAAGAUGUACAUGUACAAGACAAGAAGUUUUCUAGUUUUCCAGAUCGAUUUAGAUGCUUGCGAAACUACGCCAACAAGGGAUUUAGGGGACCAAGCUUUUUUUCUAGAUAAUUGUUUGGCUUUGCCAAUUGCUCUGAGAGAGGAGUAA